UUGUGUUGUAGAGCUGCACAUUAAUCUGAUCUUUAACCUAGUAUAUGAGCCCUGAGUCCAUUUAGAGGCUGUUCUGAAGCUUUUCAUUCUCUGACAUGAACUUCAUCUGAUUGUGGUGUCUUUAAUGUUUUCAAAUUAUUAGAUUUUUUUUACUUCCAUAAUAUUUAUUCUGAUCAAAAGCUGCAGAACAGACUCUGAUUGUGCUUUAUGGGACGAUGUUCUCUACUUUUACAUUUGAUGCCCCCCAAAAAUGAUGCACUGACACAUUGUAGUUCAUAUUUAAACUUACAGCAGCGUCUAAAUAGUGUGUUUUUAUUUGGACAUGAAUCAGUUUUUCCACCAGAGGGCAGCGGCAGAGUUCAGAUUAAAGUGAACUUGUUAAAUUGUCAUUUGUUCCACGCUAUAAAACACCGUAAACCAGACAGAGAUUGAUAUCACAGCCUCAGACUGCUCACACAGGAUGAAUCCUAACAUUACCAACUAAAUACUGCCAGAGGUCGUUUCUGUGCUGCUGGAAAAUGCCUUCUGAGUUAUAAUAUAAAAAGUCCUCAGCAGGAGCUGCUCUGAAGCUAGAAAUCCUCCACGUGUGAUGACGAGAGUGUGGAAAAACAGCAGACCUGUCAGCUCUCACCUGUACAAACAUGACCACUCUUCAGGCGGCACAAACACCAAAGAUUACAAUAUGAAUGACACAUGCAGAGUCUGCACUUCACAUUCACUAUAUAUGUGCCAGGUGGAGUCUUCGGAGAGCUGGAUGGAUCACAGGGCAGCCGACAUGGGGAAGGUGAUCUUCUACGAGGACAGGAACUUCUCCGGACGUCGCUUUGAGUGCAGCAGCGACUGUGCAGACCUGAUGUGUCAGCUGAGUCGCUGUAGCUCCAUCCGGGUGGAGAGCGGCUGCUUCAUGAUCUACGAGAAGCCCAACUACACUGGGAACCAGUACUACCUGAGGAGGGGCGAGUACCCCGACUUCCAGCACUGGAUGGGGGUCAACGACUCGGUCAGCUCCUGCCGCUCCAUCCCAACGGAGCCUGGUUCGUUCAACGUGCGGCUGUACGAGCGGAUCGAGUUUGGCGGUCAGAUGAUGGACCUGGUGGACGACUGUCCCAGCGUCAUGGACCGAUUCCACAUGAACGACAUCUUCUCCUGCAAUGUCACCAAUGGAAACUGGCUUUUCUACGAGCAUCCCAACUACCGUGGCCGGAUGUACCUAAUCAGACCCGGAGAGUACAAGAGGUUCAGUGAAUGGGGCGGCAGGAGCGCCAGGGUCGGAUCCAUCAGACGCAUCAUGGACUAUUGAUCUGCUCUGGAGAGCGUUUUGAAAAGACUUCAUGUUGCGAUAACAGCCUUUGAGACUAUAGUAAACUAGUGUACCUGUGUUAUACUGACUGACUGUCCUGAAAAACCUUUUAAAUAUUACUCAGAAUGUUCUCUGAUGUUGAGAUUUGGACUCAAAAAAGGAACUCUGAGAAACACUCACCAUCAACAGCACAAUCAACGCAUUUCUUGAGUUGUUUUUCAUCACUCACCACUAUAAUAAAGCAAUUGUAAAAUCGA